AUGCAGCCAAAACUGCCUUGCGCCGGUAUUGCCAAGGGAGGUUUGGGCGGGACCGGGCGGUGGAGUGGGGGCAUCGCUUUGAAGAGUAGACGAUUUGGCUGGAAUGGUGUAUUCCAUGGUGCUCGAAUUGAGGCUGGCGGGUUCAUGCCUUCUGAGUGUCUCCCUUCUGAGGGUCUCCCACCCAGCGCGGGUGCAGGUCUGCUAUCCUCGCAUGAGAUGGUGCCAUCCAUCAAACACUCAGACAUGCUGUUCAAUCCUCCGACAGAUACAGCAUGGCCCAUGCCUCCUCCGCCAAUACCCGAAGCUCACCGGGAAAAAAAGCCACGUACAUCUCCUCCGUCAACACUGGGUACCAUCCAACGACCGCCCCCUCAGGAUCAGAGAACACCUCCGGCCAAGCAUAACCAGUCUCACGGCAUCAACAAACAGGUCCUCGAUCUCGUCGACCAUCACAGUCUCACCGGCAUAGCGCACCAAAACAUCCAGCAGGCACUCGUCCAACGGUGCAACCGACACCCCGAAAGCAACCGCAAGCUUGGCCCUCAGUGCCUGCUCCUCGGGCACAACAAAUUCCGUCAUCAUCAGUCGAUCAACCACAGUGAACGUGAUCACCCGCGCGUAACAGGCUCAAUAUCACUCGGUGUGACUGGCCAGGGCAUCCAAAAUCGAUUCGAUAACUCCACAAGAGCUGCACAAUAG